CUUUCCCCAGGCCCUUUCCGCCUUUGCCACGUCCAGACAUUCUCACCACAGACUAAAAUAUGACAAAGCGUAUUGAAAAAAAAUCGCUGCAGACUGGGUUUAUAUUGCUUGAUGGCCGACCAGAGUGAAAACUGCAAGGUCAUGUGUGGCCGUCGCUCUUAACUUUGCAUUUUAGAAGCCUAGUCAGAGAUUCUACCAAUGAGCAACCGAGAAGUUUCGAAACGACCAAUCAACUAUCAGUGUUUCAAACUGAACAUUUUGGCACCUUCCCGCUUUGUCCUCGAGCCGGCGUAGAAAAGCGACCUUUGUAUCUUCCCCGAUUUGGGCACUAAAUGGUGUUUCUUCCGGCUCAAGCUUAACGGACAUUAUAUAGCUUGCUGUUCCGGUGGCGUGUAUACUUUAUUUUAUUUCUGGUGGGGUAAGGGAGAGUCUGCUGUGGUGGCCCAGGAAUUGUCCUUCUGUUUGUGGCAGAAGAGUGCUAUCGCCUUGCAAUGGCCUGGUCUUCCUCUAGCCCUGCUUCCCUGCAAGCCGUCACUCACCUGCUCUUUGACAUGGACGGCCUGCUGCUGGACACGGAACUCCUUUACACCACGACCCAAGAAGCCUGUCAGUGCUUUGGCAAGACGUACACCUGGGACGUGAAAUCCUUAGUUAUGGGCAAAAAGGCCCUUGAAGCCUCAGAGAUAAUCCGAGACAUCCUCGAUCUCCCACUCUCCAAAGAAGAACUAUUGCAGGAAUGCAGAAUCCAGCAAGAUAAAUUGUUUCCCGAUGCCAACUUGAUGCCGGGAGUUGCAUAACUCAUCAGACACCUGCAUCAGCACCAGAUCCCCAUGGCGGUGGCGAGUAGCUCCUCCCAAGAGAAGAGAGAGAGCUUUGACUUGAAAGCCACUCGCCACAAGGAUUUCUUUAGUUUGUUUCAUCACAUCGUCUUGGGAGAUGACCCAGAAGUGAAGGAGGGCAAACCACAGCCUGACCUCUUUUUAGUCUGCGCCCGGAGAUUUAACCCGCCGCCCCUGCCAGAAAAGUGUCUUGUAUUUGAAGAUGCUCCCAAUGGAGUCCAAGCAGCACUGGCAGCCGGCAUGCAGGUGGUCAUGAUUCCAGACGAAAAACUGAACAAAGAUCUCACCAAGGGAGCCACCGUGGUGCUGCGGUCAAUGACAGAUUUCAGGCCUCAGCAGUUUGGCUUACCACCCUUUCACUAAGACCUGCAAUGUGUGGGGGUUGUGUGUUUUAUUGACUUACUCUUCCUGAUUCAGGGUGAGAAACCCUUUUAAAGAAAAUCAAAGGCUUCAAGAUUCCUACCAAAAUCAUGUCUUCUGUUUCAUAAAGGUUAUGGGAUGAGUCAUUUAUUCAAACCCAAGGGUGCUAUUUGGAAACAUGAGUACGUUCUAAGUAUGCAACACACUUCUGGUACUUUUUAAAAGAAAAUGUGGGGGCCCUCUUGCAAAUGUAAAUGGGCUCUGGACUGUAUUGUGUCGCUUUAUUUUCUAUUCUACUUUUCUUCAACAUGUAGUAAUUUUAUUCUCACAGUAACCAAGUUUGGUGUAAUUUCCUUGUUCAGGAAGAGUGAGAAAAGAUAGAAGCUACCCAACCAUCCAGCUAAAUCCACUGAACUUGGUGCAAAGGCCCAGUUAAUGUUUGUUAUAUGUGCCAUGCUGUGUUGAAAAACUUUUAAAAAGUAAACCAUUAACAUUUUUGAGAUUGCAACUACAUAAUAAAGCGUGCAAAAUAC